CCUGUAGAGAGAGAGGACUAGACCCCCCUCCCCACCUAAUAACCCCAACCCCUCAGGCUCGAGCACGACGACCCCACCCCCCAACCCCCUCGGAGAGAGGGGACGGACGGAGCGAGAGAGACACAGAGUCACGGAGAAAAGACGGUUUCGGGAUCCCGGCUCUGUUUUGCCCUCAAUCCGGGCCUAAUGCUGUAGCAGACCGCGCAGGAGGAGAGCGAGAGAGACAACGCACUGAUUGAGAGUCGGUGAGGGACAGGGCGGACCGGAGAGACGACGGGAUUCAUUCGCCUGGAAACAUGGGAUGUACACUGAGCGCCGAGGAGCGCGCAGCUCUGGACCGGAGCAAGGCCAUCGAGAAAAACCUGAAAGAAGACGGGCUGGUCGCCGCCAAGGACGUCAAACUGCUGUUGCUCGGCGGCGGAGAGUCCGGCAAAAGCACCAUCGUCAAACAGAUGAAGAUUAUCCAUGAAGAUGGCUUUUCUGGGGAUGACGUGAAGCAGUAUAAGCCCGUGGUCUACAGCAACACCAUCCAGAGCUUGGCUGCCAUCCUCCGAGCCAUGGACUCACUGGGCAUUGAGUUUGGAGACAAGGACAGAAAAGCGGAUGCUAAGCUGGUUUGUGAUGUGGUCAGUCGUAUGGAGGACACAGAGCCCUACUCUGCAGAGCUCCUCACUGCUAUGAAGCGUGUAUGGGCUGAUGCUGGGACUCAGGAGUGUUUUAACCGUGCCCGGGAAUACCAACUCAAUGACUCUGCUCAAUACUACCUGGAUAGUUUAGACCGGAUUGGGGCGGCAGACUACCAGCCCACAGAGCAGGACAUCCUGCGAACCCGUGUGAAGACCACUGGUAUCGUCGAAACCCACUUCACCUUCAAAAACCUCCAUUUCAGGCUGUUUGAUGUGGGAGGUCAAAGGUCAGAGAGGAAGAAGUGGAUUCACUGCUUUGAAGAUGUGACAGCCAUUAUCUUCUGUGUUGCUCUGAGUGGUUAUGACCAGGUGCUUCAUGAAGACGAGACGACUAACCGCAUGCAUGAGUCACUAAUGCUCUUUGAUUCCAUCUGUAACAACAAGUUCUUCAUCGACACCUCCAUUAUCCUCUUCCUUAACAAGAAGGAUCUGUUUGCUGAGAAGAUCAAGAAGUCACCACUGACGAUCUGUUUUCCAGAAUACACAGGUGCUAAUACUUAUGAUGAUGCUACUGCAUAUAUUCAGGUUCAGUUUGAGAGUAAGAAUCGCUCUCCUAAUAAAGAGAUCUACUGUCACCUGACCUGUGCCACAGACACAGGAAACAUUCAGGUAGUGUUUGAUGCCGUCACUGACAUCAUUAUUGCAAACAACCUUAGAGGGUGUGGCUUAUACUGAGGCCUGGCCAAGCACAGAGGUUGUCAUGGAGAGUAUGAGGUGUUAAUAAUGAUAAUUUUGAUGAUACUUAAACACAUAAAUAUGUAAUUCUACACGUCCAAAUGGACCCAAAGAGCUGCCGUCAGACACCACACUGGAUUAUUGCCAUGAUUUGUUCCCUUUCUCUUAUUUUGAUUUCAGUAUACAACCCCAGUUUUGUCUUAUGAAAUGUGUUUUUAAGCUGAAUGUUUUGUUUUGUUGAUGACUGUCAACAGCUGGAAGGGAAGGUCAGAAACUGCAGCACCAGGGGUUUUUAUUCAGCUGGUAUCUUGUUUUGCAAAACUAAGGCUAGAAAUGCAGUGGGUGGUGGAGUGUGCAGUGUAAUUUUUACCAGAGCGUGGACUAUUCUCCAAGUCUUUACAGAAUUUUUAUGUGCAAGUGUCGGGACAAUUACAUGCCCUGAAUAUGGCCUCUGGUGCUCCGUUUGAAGAGCUGCUGUGUGUAUGAAGGUGGAGAUGAUGAUGAUGUUGGGGAGGUGCUGUACUCGUGGCUGAGGGUCAUGGUUGGGAAGAAGGAGGCUAUUUUAACUUUCAGAAGGGACAAAGCUCCUCUCUCCUUCAGACCCACACAUGACUGAGUAGCCUGCAGGUCUGUUCCACUCGUUUUCUCUUUUUUCUUUAAAAAAAAAUACUGAAAGAGAGGAUUCUUCUGUUCAGAGUGGCUGCCCCUUGCCAUUGGCCUCCUGUAGCAUGAGGAAAUGUCUGUCAGCCAAUGAUAUCUCAAAACACACAUCAUAUCGGUGCCAACCAUCUGAGAACGACAGAUAGGGGAUUAGAAUCAGAGUCCAUAGUUCACGUUCAUACUGUCAUCUAUUAUUUUUUAAGUAAGAGAAUAACAUUUUAUUGUCAUGAUGAUUUAUUUAUUUAAGCCUCAUGCCCUACAUGCCUCCUCCUACCUCCUCAAAUCCCGUGCCACAUAUUUAUUUCAUGUCAUGAAAAACUGGGGUAUAAAAAAUCCUGUCUAUGAUCAGAGGGUACAAAGCAGCCCUCCAAUGGCAUCUUGUUCUCUGUGUGGUGCUUUACCCCGACCCCUAUGUGAAUCUGUUUAGAAAUAGAUGACCACACCAGGAGAACAAUAUCAUUUGAGGCAGCCUCUGUCCAGGGAUUCGGGACACUUAACUCUCGCCUCCCCUGAUGAGUAAACAGGGAACCAUCAUCCCCAUCUGUCACGUUUCUCUUGCCACAGAGAAAAAGUACAGCUCUCCAUUUUCACCUGUGCACCCAGAAAUUCAUCCUCCUAUUCCUGUAUACUCUUACCUAUCACAUAUCAGCCCUCAUAUCCUAUCUCCAUUUUCACCUUAAAAGCACCGUACUGUAUAUAUAUAUUAUGAUUAUACCAGAUUUUUUUUACUGUGAAUGUUUUUGUGCUGCACCCCAUCCUAUUCAGUAGAUUAUUGGUUGCUCUCAUGUGGAAUGUUUGUGCUGAGCCAAUCGAAUGUUGUGUUUACAUUAAAGCCACACUUUUCCUAACUA